GUCACAACCCGGGCUCCCGCCCAGCCCAUCCAGCUCGCCCGCUUGUCUGUGCCCGAGGCGGUGGCGGCUGCCUAGUGACAGCGGCGGCGGCACCAGGCCAGCCGGAGAAGCGUAGGGUGGUGCGGCCCGGAAACGCACACCCGGACAAAGGGCGGCGUGGCGCGAGGAAGACCCGACCCGGGUCGCGCGUGAGGGGACCUCGCGGGCGCGGGGCGUGGGGCCGGCGUGAGGGAUCGCCCAGGCGGUGGCCGCCGGCGGCCGGGUCCCGCCUGCCGCCGCCGGCAUGAGCCACAUCCAGAUCCCGCCCGGGCUCACAGAGCUGCUGCAGGGCUACACCGUGGAGGUGUUGCGGCAGCAGCCGCCCGACCUCGUCGACUUCGCGGUGGACUACUUCACCCGCCUGCGCGAGGCCCGCUCCAGAGCCUCCACCCCGCUCGCCGCCCCUCCUUCCGGCUCCCAGGGUCUAGAGCCCGGCCCUGGCCUUGUCGCCGAUGCGAUCGCGGACAGCGAGUCGGAGGACGAAGAGGACUUGGACGUUCCAGUUCCUAACAGAUUUGAUCGGCGGCGAGUAUCAGUCUGUGCUGAGACCUAUAACCCUGAUGAGGAAGAGGAGGAUACUGAUCCAAGGGUGAUUCAUCCUAAAACUGAUCAACAGAGGUGCAGACUUCAGGAAGCUUGCAAAGAUAUUCUUCUUUUCAAAAAUCUUGAUCAGGAACAGCUUUCUCAAGUCCUCGAUGCCAUGUUUGAAAGGACAGUCAAAGUUGAUGAGCAUGUCAUUGACCAAGGAGAUGAUGGGGACAACUUUUAUGUCAUUGAACGGGGAACCUAUGAUAUUUUAGUAACAAAAGAUAAUCAAACCCGCUCUGUUGGUCAGUAUGACAACCAUGGCAGUUUUGGAGAACUAGCUCUGAUGUACAACACCCCGAGAGCUGCUACCAUUGUCGCCACUUCAGAAGGCUCCCUUUGGGGACUGGACCGUGUGACGUUUAGAAGAAUCAUAGUGAAAAAUAAUGCAAAAAAGAGGAAGAUGUUUGAAUCAUUUAUUGAAUCUGUGCUGCUUCUUAAAUCACUAGAGGUGUCAGAACGAAUGAAGAUUGUGGAUGUAAUAGGAGAAAAGGUCUAUAAGGAUGGAGAGCGCAUAAUCACUCAGGGUGAAAAGGCUGAUAGUUUUUACAUUAUAGAGUCUGGCGAAGUGAGCAUCUUGAUUAAAAGCAAGACUAAAGCAAACAAGGAUGGUGGGAACCAAGAGGUCGAGAUUGCCCGCUGCCAUAAGGGGCAGUACUUUGGAGAGCUUGCACUGGUCACCAACAAACCCAGAGCUGCUUCGGCUUAUGCCGUGGGAGAUGUGAAAUGCUUAGUUAUGGAUGUACAAGCAUUUGAGAGGCUUCUGGGGCCCUGCAUGGACAUCAUGAAGAGGAACAUCUCGCACUACGAGGAACAGCUCGUGAAGAUGUUUGGCUCCAGCAUGGAUCUGAUAGAUCCUGGGCAGUAGGUGUGCCACACCCCAGAGCCUUCUCAGUGUGAUACCAAAACCUUCCGGUCAGCCACAGAACACAAACAGAAAAUGUGACAGAACUGCUCCUGCUGUUGCCGCCACCACUGCCAUUGCUACGGCUGUGGGCAUUUAGAAAACUUGGAAGUCAGCACUAAAGGAUGGGUAGAGGUUCAACCCACACCUCCACUUUGCUUCUGAAAGCCCAUUAUUAGACCACUUGUAAUGAUUACUCCAACCCAGUUUUCACAUCUUUGGUUCAAAAUGGCAUGUCUCUCCAACAAUUUAAGUGCCUGAUACAAAGUCCAAAGUGUAAACAUCUUCCUUUCCUCUCUUGCUGCUACUGUUGCUUUUGGAAGUUACCACAGGUUGGCACAAACCUGUUGUAUAACUGUAGACACCCUCCCCCAACCUUUUUUAGCCUUCCGUUUCCUCAUUUGUCAUUUGAGAAAGUCCACAACUGUAGCCUUUGGUUUUACCAUAAAAAAUGGUGGCAGAUGUGAUGGAGGUCUGUGGUCCUGUGGCAUUGUACUGUCUGCUGACAGUGGCACACAUGACAGCUGUCCCCAAACUCUCAGUGAUGCUUAGGGAAAGGCCCUGCCCAGGGCCCAGCAGGUCAGCACCCCAAAGCACACUGAUCAGACAUCGGAACCCACGUUAGAGCAGAAAAUUUGAGUUUAGCACAUUUUACAUGUAGCAGAGAGCCAGGGAAGGUUUUCUGGGUUGGGGGCAGGGGUGUUUUAUUUUGUUUCAGUAGAUUUUGUUUUGUUUAAUCUCUGUGCAGUUUGCAUGAGUGAAUUGCUGUCCGUUUAUAAGGAGCUGGGGUCUGGGAGUGCCAUCACUGUAUCUGACCUAAAUACUUUCCUGGGCAACUCCUGCCCAUCUCUUAUUACCAGUUGCUCGUACUGAUGGCAGUGUGCUGGCAAAGAGAGACCUUUCCCUCUGCUCCAGAGUUGUUAUGUAGCUUUGCUAUUGAACCAUCAAUUUUUAAACUCUUUAAAGAAGAAGCAGCUAUUUUUUUGAAAAAAAAAAACAAAAAAAAACUCUCUAUUUAGAGAAUUUCCCUGGACAUAUUCAUAUAUAUCAGUUUGUCAGCUGACUCAGGCAUUCAUCUUAAAGAUCAGCUCCUUUUGUUAGUCUUUAAAAAUCAGCAUCAUUUACAAGUUCAUAGCAUUACUGCAAGACCUUUCUAAUUAAGAUGUUGGGAUAGUUAGUGUUCCAGUUGUUAAUCCCAGAGGAAAGUAAUUUAGCUUGUAUUUUAAAAUAUUUUAAACCUUUUGAUUAUAUCAGGUGGAAUUCUAAUGAAUUGUCGUAAUUAACUAGAUAUAUUUCAGAAUGAAAUUUUUUUUCUUCAGAAUAACCUAGAAUCAGAUGCUACAAGAGAUCCUAAGAGCAGUAUGAAAUUUACCUAAAGAUAAAUUUGGAUGUCAUAGCCAAGUUUAUAUUAAAUCAAGAGGCCCUUUCCUGUAUGAAUUUUUUUAACUUGUAUAUCUCAGUAAAUCCCUAAGCAAUUACAUGCUGGGGCUUGAGUCAUUCCUGUUGUAGACAAUGAUGGAGACCAUAUGGUCACCUUCCAUUGUCCUCCUAAGCCACGCUGUCUGCUUUUGCCAUGAACAGUAUGGUCAAGAGAUUUUCAGAGUGAUGACCCAUCACAACCUUAGUCAAUUCUCCCUUUUUCUUGUGCUCCAUGAAGUGAAAGUAGGACUCUUUCAGACUGCUCUAGGUAGCCUGCCUUGCAGCUCUCAGAAUUGUGAAACAUUGUAACUAAUACUCCAAAACAGGCAGCUAGCACUGGGAAAGCCUGUGUGGUUUUUCCCACGGUUUUCUGAGGUUCUUAUUUUCUAUGGUGUUGCUUUAUUAUCAAAUAUAAGUUAAGAAAGCAGAUAUUGCACUUUAGCAGACGAGAACCAUACCUGUUUCUUACACAGGUAACAGGUACAUUCAGCUUCAGGAGUGACACAGAGGUGUAGCCCCCAGACUGUGUAAGGACUCUGUAUAAACACUGAGUGGGGGAACUUCCCUGGUGGUGCAGUGGUUAAGAUUCCACGCUCCCAGUUCAGGGGGCCCGGGUUCGAUCCCUGGGCAGGGAACUAGAUCCCACAUGCAUGCCACAACUAAGCAUUCGCAUGCCACAACUAAGGAGCCUACAUGCUGCAACUAAGGAGCUGGCAAGCCGCAACUAAGGAGCCUGCCUGCCUCAACUAUGACCCAGCGCAACCAAGUAAGAUAAAUAAAUAUUUUAAAAAUAAAAAUAAAUAAAUAAACAAACACUGAGUGGAUGCUCCCUUACACCCCACAUGCCAGCAACGUUAGGGCCAGCUGUGAACUCCGACCCAGUCACUCCUGGAGGCUGCUAGGGAUGGGACUUCUCAUCUUGCCCUCUUUCACAUCCCAGUUCAAUCUUCCCCUUCAUAGAAGCCUCUUUAACACCCCCAACUUACUGAUGCUUUCGGUUUUACAAAGUAGAAUUCAUCAGAUUUAAGUCUUCCUGCUCUAACUGCGGAUUGACAUAUGGAUCAUCAGUCCAGACCCUCACUGCAUAUAGGACCCUUUGAGGGUCUGACUUGAGGAAGGGAGACUUUACGGGGACUAGUGUGAGUGAAAAGGACACAGCCAUUACCAAGGUGCCAGGAGUCUGACUGUUCCAAUUCUCUUUACAGCAUGAGGAAUUGAAGGUGGCAGACCAAGUUCAGCUCAGGACUCUGGUGUCCACAUUGUGCUGGGCAAGCCCUGCACUGAGAGUUGAGCCUCACAGGGAGGAGCAUGUGUUGGGAAGAGGUCUUUUUGAUAAUUGUUUUAUACUGUUCUCUUCUAUGAUGGUUUAGAGCUUCAUGCUGUCUUUUCUGGCUUUGCUAUUGAUUUUGCAUGGUGGAGAAUGUACCUGAGGGCCUUGAGGUUCAACCUGCAACAUUAUUCUUCCUGCUGGCCCCAGUUUAUCACACCCACUUUCUUCUUUUGGUUGUCUUCUCUGAAGGAAGGGUUCAUCUGCUCUGUCCUCUUAGUCCAUAGUCCUUAUAUAUAAAUAUGUUAUGUAUAAUUGAAGUAGAUUCUCAGGAAUCAGGGUGGAGCUUUUCUUUGAACAGUUUAAUGAGCAAAUUCAGCAGCAAAGUGUCAAGAAAUAAUUCUCCAGCCAGGAGAGGUCAUGUUCAUCCUCUUAUUGCCCAGAUUCUCUAGUUACAACGGUACAGUAGUCACUGAGAGGUGCCACUGGCACCCAGCAGCCCCUGGACACACAGCAUUUCCAUGUCCUGUCACAGUGUACAAACAAUUCUCUCAUUUAGGAAAACUGAACGAGCAUUUUUGCACAGAGAAAAAGGAAAAAGGCCCAUGAAUGUCAUCUUUUAUAUUUUGUUUUCAGUUGGCUAAUGUUGAAUUUUUUGUUCUUGACAUGCACUUGUAAACCAAUCUUGUUGCCAAGAUACAAGUUGUUUUGGUUUUUCACUACAAUUACCUCUUGUUCCUCCUGUCCUGACUGCUGACGUUCCUCAAUGAUUCUAAUGUCUAUUUUAUGGGAAGCAGCCUUCCCAUGGGUUUCCUUUUACACACUGCAGGGCUAUCUUUAUACUUCUAAAAAAAAGGAGAAAACUGUCACUAAACUCAUGGGAGAUUUGCAGAAAACCAUUUAGCCCACCUUGAGCAAAAAGUAGAUUCCUCAUUGUUUUCCUAAGCUCAUUGUAAUAAAAGAAAUCUAAUUCAGCAUUAUUGUGCUACCUCAAAGGUAAAAAUGUUUUAAGGUCUUUAGUCCUGAGUUCUACACAUAGUGUUUGAAAUGUCUUUCAGUUGGAAUUAUUUUUAAAUCAUUGGGGAGAAUCUUAUUUUAACCUGUUUUACACUUGUAUUUUAAUCUCAGAAGAAUAAGUGAUUAGAAGGUGAUCAAUUCUUGCUCUGUAGUAUUGAACAUAUGAUUAAAUCAUUGUUUGCCAUAAACAAGGUUGGGUUUUUUAAAAGGAAACUCUAGGGCUCAGCUUUGCUCUUGGUUAAUAAAGGCUGACAAAUCAUAUCUGAAUUUUUGGUGCAGCCUUGUGUUGUGUGUUUGUCCUCAUUUCAGGGUUCUAUCCAUCACAGCAUUCAUCUAGCAGGUACAUUAUUGAGAUUGGGGUGUGAGCUCUUAAAAAUUAGAGAGGAGGCCUGGACAUAUAUAUUAGGGUUCUCCAGAGAAACAGAACCAAUAGCGUGUAUGUGUGAGGUGUGUGUGUGUGUAUAUAUAAAGAGAUUUAUGGGAAUUCCCUGGCAGUCCAGUGGUUAGGACUUGGCACUUUCACUGCCAUGUCCCCGGGUUCAAUCCCUGGUUUAGGGAACUAAGAUCCCACAAGCCGCACAGCACAGCCAAAAAAAAAAAGAGAGAGAGAGAGAGAGAUUUACUAUAAGGAAUUGGCUCACACAGUUAUGUAAGUCCCAAGAUAUGAAGGGUGAGUUGGCAAGCUGUAGACCUAGGAAAGCUGAUGGUUUAAUUCUAGUCUGAGUCUGAAGACCUGAGAACCAGGAGAGCCAAUAGCAUAUUUCCCACCCAAAGGCUGGCAGGCUUAAGACCCAGGAAGAGAUGAUGUCCCAGUUUGGAGGCAGUCAGGCAGGAUAAUUCUCUCUUACUUGGGCGAGUCAGGCUUUUUGUUCUGUUCAGACCUUCAACUGAUUGGAUGAGGCCCACCCACAUUAGGGAGGGCAAUCUGCUUUACUCAGUCCACUGAUUUAAAUGUUACUUUCAUCCAAAACCACCUUUUCAGAAACUCUCAGAACAAUGUUUGACCAAAUAUCUGGGCACCCCAUGGCCCAUAAUUUGACACAUAAAAUUAACCAUGACAACAUGGUAUUUGAAUUGUUUGGGGAUGGUGUACAAGGGCAUCCAAUAUAUCCCUUGCUGGGGAAGAUAUACUCACCAAUGAAGCCCAGCAGGAAACAUCUCCUGUCUGACAAUAUUAAUUAUUUCCUUCUCUGUAACAUGGCUAUAACCAGAACUAGCAGUGACUCUGCGAUAGCCCGCUGUAUUUAUAGUUUGUUUCCUAGUGACCAAAGGAAGCUCAUUCUAUAACAAAAUCAUGUUCCACUUUGAUCUUGCCUUCACCUGGCAGUACAAAAGGGCCAAGUAAUAAGUGAAUAUAAAAAAUAUCCACAUGGGGCCCAAGAAACUAGUAGUUGAACCCUCAAAGCCAAACUGACCUUGUUUCAAGGCUUUAAAAAUUAAAUAUGGUUUGGCCUUUGUGGUUUUGGUGGUGGUAUUGCUAUGAACAAUUAGGAAGUGCCAGGACUAUGACAAGAUCAUAUGCUCCACAGUCUCAGCCUUUAAGAGUGAAUAUCAUAGGAGGACUUUGCUUUCUAUGUAUGUUCUAACAGGAAGCUAGAAAUCUGUGCCAUCAAAAUUACCUGAAUAUUGGGACUUCACUGGCUGUCCAGUGGUUAAGACUCUGCGCUUCCACUGCAGGGGGCGUGGGUUCCAUCCCUGGUUGGAGAACUAAGAUCCUGCAUGCCGCGUGGUGCAGCCAAAAGUUAAAAAAAAAAAAAAAAAAAUUUACCUGAAUAUAUCCUUGGCAAUCUUAGUGCAUCAAUUUUAUAGCAACAGAAUUAAAACAGUAUUACUUAUAAUAUGAUUAAGGAAAUUGGGAUUGUUUCACAUGUUAAAUAUGAAUUUUGCUUCCUUUACCCAUCCUCUCUAUAGACAAAUGCCUUAUCACAGAUGAUGGCCAGUGAUACAUACUGUUACCUGAUUGGGGAAAUGCAGAGUGUCAACCAGGAACAUAUUAAAUAAUCAGUUGUGAAUUCAGAUGAGAUGAGUAUUAUCUAAGUUCUGAAUUAGAAUGUCAGAAAUUAGGUCUGACUCAGCUCAUUUGUUCAUUGAACAAAAUCUUGAUUACCUGCUGUGGCCAUUCGUGACACUGUUUAAAUCCCAGGAAGUAUCAAGAGUAACGACGCUGGCGUCCGAAGGGCAUUCCUGGACCUUUCCUCCAGUGCUAUGGAGCUUAUCCUCAUGUUUCUGGACUCACAUGGACAGCAGCCCCAGUCUCCUAUUUCAAGGAUGAUCAUGCUUCCAGUGCCUGUUGUUGCCCUUGGUCAUGCUGCUCUUCUCUAUAUGGCUCCAUUGCCCCUUCUUAAAGUGAGUAGUUUGGACACACAAGCAUGCAAUGUUCCUCACUGCUUUAGCUUGCAUCACAUAAUUAUGGUUACAGAAGCAUCUAGGAAGCUGUCAAAAGAGAAAGAGUAGAUUUAAGAUUUUAAGGAAAGCUCCCUCCAGGUAAGGACAUCUCAGAAAUUGUCAUCUUCAUGCUAGUCAUCCUAAAUAUCAAGAUUAAGUUUGGCUGGAUAUGCCUUUCUGGCCUAGGUUGCCUUCUGUGAUGAUGUGCUAAGAAUCAGAUUUUGUGGGAAGUGUCUCUUUUGUGUGACAUUUCCACCCCUUCCUCUUUGACUCCUUCCCAAAUAGAAUCCUUGAUCCUGUGGGCACUUCUCUCUCUUCUGUGUCUUUAAGUACACAGAGUCAAGCAAUGCCCAGCCCAUUUGAAGACUACAGGGCAGGAGGCUGACCAGACCGGAAUAUGAAACCACAGGGGGACUGGGAGCUACCCCAGACACUAGGAAAGCGAGCAGGACCUGACUUCACUAAUCAGUCCAUCCUGACAGGCAGAAGAAUGGGUAUUUGCCGGUCAGCUCUUGGGGAAGAGCUGUCGAAACAAUACCAGCCAAAUCUCCAUGGCCCUUCCUCCCUCUGGAGAAUUGCACUGAGGCAAGGGUCAAAAGCCACUGUAUAUGCUGCUGAAAGCUAGCAUCCAGCAAUCUCCUCUCUGGCUAGGCCCUCCAAUCCCCAGAAAGAGGAGGCAGAGGUGUGCAGCUGUUUUUUUUUUCCUAGCAAACAAGUAAAAAGGAAGAGCUAAAGUCCAGACCCACCAGAUGACCAGACCAGCACUUUCCAGCAUAAUAUUCAAGCACAUUUUUAUUCUGAAAAUGAAAGGCCUGGGCGUAAAGGGGCACCUGCCGUACACAUUCCCAUACCUGCCAUGAGCCCAUCCCAGGCAGCUGAAGAAGCAAGGGACCUGAAGCUAAGUCUUAGGCCUGUAGGACAGGCAGGGAAGAGGCCUUUGAGGCAGAUGUGCAUUAGUCCCAGGCAAGUGAGAAUCCUGCAUGAGCUACCUUGGACCACUGGCAUCCUGUCUCAGAGCUGUGCAGUCAGCCCCAUGCCUGGGGUGAGAAAUAGGGCCAUGCAUGGGCUCAGAUGCCCCCAGGAAUCAGCCUGGACCUCCAAAUGAGGGCCUCUUCCCUCUGGCAGCUCUGGAAGCCAUAGCACUUUCCCAACCAGGAUGGAGCUGGGGGACAGAGGGUAUAUGACCCCCAGACCUCCAACUCAGGCACUGCUUCUACCUCAGAACUCAAGAUGGUUCCACCAGGCUGGCAGCUCCUGCCUGAGGUGAGUCAGACGAGGAUGAGUUGGAGUUCUCAUCUAGGGCCUUCUCUUGCUCCACUGUGAGGAGGUAGGCUUAUGGGAAGGCAUCCACCCCCACUGCCCUUGGCUUUGCCCACAGGCAUUGGCCCAGGAGGAUUCCAGCCUUGCCUCUCACAUGCCUGGGCUGGGCCAAGGCCCAACUACUGUAGGUGGCUGGGGCCCAGUGGCUGGUGUGGUCUCUCCCAUUGUGCUCACUUUAAGCUGGGCAUCUUGGGCUCACAGAAAAAGCAGCCCCUACUCUCUGACAGAGCUGGCCUGAUGACUGAAAACUAGGGUGGGUUAUCCUAGUACCUGAUAAAUGGGUGAAACUUUUAUAACAUAAGAGGGCGAGCCUCACAUCUGGGACCUGGUCGAAGGGCCAGGUUUACAACAUGCAAGCGAAGGUACAUUAAAAGUGCAGGUGGGCUUCCCUGGUGGCGCAGUGGUUGAGAAUCCGCCUGCCGAUGCAGGGGACACGGGUUCGUGCCCCGGUCCGGGAAGAUCCCACAUGCCGCGGAGCGGCUGGGCCCGUGAGCCAUGGCCGCUGAGCCUGCGUGUCCGCAGACUGUGCUCCGCAACGGGAGAGGCCGCAACAGUGAGAGGCCCGCGUACCGCAAAAAAAAAAAAAAAAAAAAAAAAAAAGUGCAGGUGUAGGGCCCACUGAGACCAGGCUGGCCUCCAACACAAUGGGAAUUUUUCCGAGUGCCUCUCUAGAGUCUUCACUCCCCGCAUGUGCUGGUAACAAGGGUGUAUGUAUCGAGGAUGCUGGGAAUCACCUCCACUCUGGCCCUGUGGAAUCAUUUUCUUGGUAAUUUUGCUGCCUUUUGUUCUGGAAAAAAAAAAAAUCUUAGGAAUGAUUUGCAGCCAGCCCGUCCCCACAUGGACCAGUCCCAGGCCUGGCUGGGGGUUGGGGGAACAUCUGGGAUUUGAGUCCCUCCCCUGCACAGGUGAGAACAUCAUGUUCCCUACUCAGAGAUGCAUAUCCAACCCUUGAGUGCUGGGGGCCCUGGGAGGACUCCAGGCUGGAGAUGGUGGGGUUGAGUGAGAAUGGCCAGCUCCGUUUGAGAAACAGGAAGGGAAAGGAAUUCCGAGAAAUGUCUGAUCCCAGAACAACUCUAUGCACUCCCAUCCCCACCGCUCCCCAGGCCCAGGCCCUAGCAGAUAGGAGUGCUACCUCAAUUCCAGCCCCGGGCCAGGGCUGUGUGGAAGGGACAAGGUGCCACGGGGGAGCCACAGCUGUUCACACACAUAAAUCAGGCUCCCCAACUGCAGUCUCCUCAACCUCCUGGUCCAACUCUCAUCCCCUCCACCUUUGGAGGACCUCUUUCACCCUGGCCCAUUCCUGCCUGGGGCCUGGUUACAUCCCUGAGAUGAGGUCUCUGAUCAGCACCUCCCUGCCAUCCUUCACCUCCAGGCCCCUUGCACUGCUUGCUGCCUGGUCCUGUCCUCUAACCUCUUGCAUCCCUGCUCACCCUCCCCCAGCAAUGGCAUCACCUUGAUUUUAGGGAAAAAACAGAAGCAAUGGGCCAGAAGCUCAGGGCUCCUCCUCUGUCCCCCAUGUCCUCCUCUAGCUCCUGCCCCACUGUUCUCCCUUCACAGCAAAAGCCUUGAGACUUGCCUGCAGUGCCUCCUCACCUCCCAUUUGUCACAGUGCAACCCUGCCCUCCCGAGUGGCUAACAUGGGCAGACAGAGCUGAUGCACAGAUGAGGGCAGAGCCGGCUCUCUGGAGUCUCAGCCGAAUUCACCAUGGCGAACUUCUCCCUCCUGCUUCAAGAACCACCU